AUUUGCCCAUUCAGGAAAAGGAAAUAAGAUCUUAUGCCCCUGCAAAAAGUGUGGUAAUUGUUCUUGGAGAAACAGAAACACUAUUUUGAGCAUUUGAUCUGUAAAGGAUUCAAACAUGAAUACAAAUUGUGGUUAUUUCAUGGGGAGUCAUCAUCUAGUCAUGCACGUCAUAUUGCUAGUACACAUGAAGGGCUAGAACAUAUUGCAGAAAAUCAUGAUGAGAUGGAUGAAAUGCUUAGACAUAUUGGUCAUGGUUAUGGCAUAGGUGAUAUCGGGGGUCCAGAUGUGGAUGCUGAUCUAGGGGAUGAUGACCCUAGUGUUGAUGCUGAAGGAGUUAAAAAAUUCUAAUGAAGGGGUUAAUGAUGCGGGGGUGGCAAAUUUUUACAAGUUAGUUGAUGAUGCUAGUCAAGAUCUGUAUACUGGGUGCAAAAAAAUCUCAAAAUUGAAUUAAAUAGUUCGGUUGCUCCAUACUAAAUUCCUUGGAGGAUGGAGUAACAAAAGCUUUGAUAUGUUACUAGAGUUGCUUGGAGAGGCUUUCCCUGAUGGCUGUACUCUGCCAAAGAAAUUCCAUGAAGCAAGAAAGUUAGUUAAACAUAUUGGUCUGGGAUACAUAACUAUCCAUGCUUGUGAACAUGAUUGCAUACUGUUUUGGAAGCAACAUCUAAACAAACAGAAGUGCCCAGUUUGUAGUACUUCUAGGUGGAAAGUGGAAAGGACUAGCCUUGACGGGAAACGUGUUAACCGAGUUCCUAGGAAGGUCCUUAGAUAUUUCCCAAUUAAGGAACGUCUCCAAAGGUUGUUCCUCAACCCAGAGAAGGCAGCUAAUAUGAGGUGGCAUGAUAAUUCCUCAACCCAGAGAAGGCAGCUAAUAUGAGGUGGCAUGAUAAAGAGCGCACAAAAGAUGGAUUGCUUAGGCAUCCAGCAGAUUCUCCUAACUGGAAACACAUUGAUAGUGAACAUCCUGAAUUUAGUGGUGACAGUCGCAAUGUUAGAUUAGCAUUGGCAACCGAUGGCUUCAAUCCUUUUGGGUCUUUGCAUAGUAGCCAUAGCACUUGUCCUGUUCUUCUAAUUCCAUAUAACCUCCCACCUUGGAUGAUAAUGAAACAAGACAACUUCAUCGUGUCCUCUUUGAUUUCUGGUCCAAAAUCUCCAGGUAAUGAUAUUGAUGUCUAUCUAGAGCCAUUGAUUGAAGAUCUGGAACUAUUAUGGCGCAAGGGCAUUUGGACUUAUGAUGCCUCCCAGCGUGAAUUCUUCCUAAUGAAAGCUGCAAUAUUAUGCAUCAUCGCUAACUUCCCUGGAUUAGGAUAUGCUCAUGGUUGCCCUACCUCGGGAGAUGUUGCUUUCCCUGAGUGCCAUUCAGAAACUUCUUUUCUAAGACUGAAGAAUGGUACAAAAACAUGUUAUAUGGGGCAUCGCCGGUUCUUAGAUGAAAAUCAUAUGUUUAGAUUGGAUAAAAAACAGUUUGAAGCAGAAGAGGUCAGGGUAGCACCUUCUCCACGGUCUAGAGAGGACAUUCUGAAACAAACAGAGAAUCUGAAUGUUGUUUUUGGUAAGGACCCAAGUGGGAACAAGCCUACAAAAAAACGCAAGAAAGGAGAUCCACCAAUUCUAUGGAAAAAGAAAUCUAUUUUCUUUAGGCUUCCCUACUGGAAGGAUUUACUUCUUCGGCAUAAUUUGGAUGUUAUGCAUAUUGAAAAGAAUGUGUGUGAUACUAUAUUUAACACACUUUUAGGAAUUGCUGGUAAAUCCAAAGAUAAUCUAAAUUCUCGAUAUGAUGUUAGAGAUCUAAAAAUAAGGAAAGAUCUUCAUCCUUAUGAAGUGGAAGGUAAAAUCUAUAUUCCUCGUGGCCCAUACUACUUGACUCCUGAGCAGAAGAAGAUAUUAUGUGAAUGGCUCAAAGGUGUUAAGUUUCUUGAUGGCUAUGCAUCAAAUAUAAGCUGUCGUGUAGAUGUUAAUGCAAAGAAGUUAGUUGGGCUAAAAAGCCAUGAUAAUCACAUCUUGCUGCAGCAAUUUCUUCCAAUAGCAAUUCGAGGAAUAUUCCCAGAAGGAGUUGUCAUAGCACUUACCCGUGUAAGCAAUUUCUUCAAGAUAAUUUAUUCUCCUGUUGUGCGCAUAAGUGAUAUGCAACAGCUUGAGGAAGAAAUAGCUAAGACAUUGUCCAUUUUAGAGACUAUAUUCCCACCUUCUUUUUUUGAUUCUAUGGUGCACUUGAUGGUUCAUCUUCCUAGCCAAGUUCGACUUGGUGGCACAGUGCAGUCCCGCAAUAUGUACCCAGUGGAGAGGUAUAAUUUAAAAAAACAUCUAUAUGAAAACAUGCAUUUAGUCUAUGCAUAACUUGACAUGGUUAAUCUGAAUCUAUUUAGGUUCUUGAUGACUUUAAAAAGAUAUGUUCGAACAACAAGUCAUCCUGAGGGCUCAAAGCUGAGGGUUAUAUAUUUGAUGAGAGCCUUACAUUUUGCUCUAGAUACUUAAAUGGUUGUGAGACCAGACAUAAUCGGAAAGCUAGAAAUGAUGAUGGCACCAACCAAGUUGGAAAUGAUGAUGACUCUCAAGAUAUGUUGUCAUACUUCUCCAAGAAUGUUGGUAGAGCUUUGGUUGGCAAUUGUAAUGUGACCUUAGACCACAAAGCUUGGCUUCAAGCUCACAACUAUGUCUUAUAUAAUUCUAACCAUAUGGAACCUUUCCUCAAGUAAGUGAUUUAUCUUAUUUCGUUCUAGGCUUACUGCAACCAUAUGGAACCUUUCCUUAAGUUACUAUAGUUAUAUUCACAGAAAGCACUUUGAAUACCUUUCCUCUCUUGGACAUCAAUCUAGACAACGUAUACAUCAUGAAACAUUCCAUGAGUGGUUGCGAAUUCAUGUAAGUAGAUAAUUAAAUCUUAUUUGCUUCAAUAGGCAUGGAUAUCUACAAGAUAAACAGUUUGACAAUAUCAUUAACUUAUUACAGGUUCUUGGGUUACUUAGAAGUGGUGAACAUAUUGAGGAAGAAGUAAUAGCCCUAGCUGCAGGCCCUUUAAUGGUUGCCAAGAAGUAUAAUAGCUAUGCCAUAAAUGGAUAUGUUUUCGACACGGAAUCAUAUCAUCAGGGUAGACCCAGGCAAAGCUAUGGAGUAGCUUUAGUUGGACAAACUGUGAGCAUUUCUGGACAUACUCAAACUAAGGCAUAUUAUGGUGUUAUUACUGAAAUCUUAGAAAUGACCUAUCAUCGGAAAGGAAACAUUGUGCUUUUGAAAUGUGGUUGGUUUGACAACAGAGUACAAGGUAAAUGGGUGAAGACUGAUAAGUUUGGUGUAACUAGUGUACACAUGGCACACAUUAUCAGCACCGGUGAAAAUCACAUGGAUGAACCUUUCAUUUUAUCAUCGCAAGCAUGUCAAGUUUAUUAUGUUCCUGAUAAACAAAAUAAAGAUUGGUCCGCUGUAAGGGUCUCACCGCCGCGUGACCUUUAUGACAUUGAUGAAGUGAGAAAUCAGCAUCUGGAGUAUUUAUUGCAGGAACCGGUUAUUCCUAUAAAUUUAAAUGCAAAUUUUAAGGUUCUUGGUGAUGAUAUCUUGGUUAGAAAUGAUACAACUAAAUCAAAUGAGAAGAGGAAGGGGAAUGUCAAAAGGAGGAAGAGAGGAUGAAGUCUAUGCCAAACAGUAUGAGGACUUGAGGGCUGCAAAUAUUAGAGAUAAUCGUAGUAGGAUGGAAGAUAUGGCACCAAGAUCAAAAAAGGAUGCUGUCAAUAUAGAAUCCAUCCUACAUGAUUGUGCUGCGAAAAAGAGCAAGUCUGCCAGUACUCGUAAGAAAGCUCCUAAGACAACACAAACUGAUCUGAUAAUUGAACGUGAUAUCUGCGGCCUAGGCCAUCAAACAUUGACACACAAAAUCAAGAAGCUAUUGCUGAUCAGACUGUUGAAGAUAAUCAAGAAGUGGAAGAAGAUCCUAAAGAAGUUGAUGCGGAGAAGACAACGAGGAAGUUUACUAGAAAGGAGAUCUUGUGGGCAAGAGCAAAUGAAAAACGACCAUUGAUCAAAUUGAAAUAUAACAAACUAAAACAAUCAAUUGGACCUGGCUCAAAAGAAUUUCCUGCUGCAGUCACAACACUUAUAAGAACUAGGUUGUUCCCUGUGGACAAAGCUGAUUGGAGAGAUGUCCUGGUUGAACAUAAUGAAAAACUAAUUGAUGACCUAUCUGCAAUAUAUGUGAUGGAGUACUGGCUCAAGAAUUAUUCCUUGCAGACUGCUGCGAAGAAAUGGAGAGCUUUCAAAGCUGAUAUGAAGGAAAAGGCUUUCAAAAUUGAUGACCCCUUGAAGAUUCUCACAAAGGAUGAGCUUAUUGAACGCUGUGAUGAUAGAAUAGAUCCUGAACAAUGGAAAUGGUUGGUCAAUCACUAGUUAUCUGAGGAAGGGCUAGAGCGUAGCAUACGCGGCAAACAGAAUCGUUCUAAGGUGGUAACACCUCAUAUAACUGGAAGCAAAAGCUUUGCACGUGUUGGAGAUGAAUGUGCUAAAGAGUAUGGUCGUGAGCUAGGUAGGCAUGAGUUAUUUAUGAAGACCCAUACUAAAAAAAGAUGGGAAUGCUCUAGCUAAAGCUCAACCAAAAAUUGAUGAACUUAAGAAACCUGCAAUCCUUCAUCCUGAAUUGCUUGAAAGACCCAUAGAGAAAUGCGAUCUAUUUUCCCAUGUAUUUGGUCGUGAACCAAGGGGAUAUGUACGUGGAGUUGGUUUAGGACCAACUCCUGCUACUCUGGGCAUUGAUGGGUACCGCUCAUGUGCAUCCACAAGUGUAUAGAUGGCAAUCCGUGCUAGCCAGAAAACAGAAGAGCAAAACAUAUUGUUGAAGGGCGCUCUACAUCGACUAUUCGAUGAGGUCAGAGAACUUAGGGAAAUAGUGAAAGGUGGCAAAGGACAGGAAGAGAUACUUGAUGAUGAUGCAACAGAUCGUGCGUCCUCUCCUACACUGGAACAUGGAUCUAAUCCUUCACCAACCACUCAGAUGAGAGGAGUUUCUAGUGAUUAUGGUGAUCAUAAUGUGCAUGAGGACAUGAUGAACAAUCAUGAUGCUGAUGUGAUGGUUCCUAUUAGAGGAAGAGCUCCACUCCAACCCACUAGAGGACACGAGGGGGGUGGGAAAGAGGUUGUUCUACUUUCUGUUGAGAGGCCAUGUGGUCAACCCGUGGCUAAGGCUACUCUCCAAACAUCUAAUCCAGAAGCACGUGUGGGAGGAUCUCUUUUAGGUGUUGAGUACCAUGAAGUAGUUGUGAAUAGUGUGAUGAGAGGUGAUCAUAUACUUCCUCGGCAACAUGGAAAGCUGAAGAUGCUGGCAGAUUGCGUUGGGCAUUCUAUAGGUUGGCCGCACCUAAACAUUGUGAAUGAAGAAAGGGCAACAAAAACAUCCAAGGUUCAGCAUCUUCAGUAAGUUGCUCCUGUUCAUUGUGAGUAAUUGUGCUCCUUGAUCAACUUUUGCACCUAGUUUUGCUUCUUGAUCUUCAGAUUUGGUGCCAGUUCCCAUAUACACUGCGAGAAACAUCUAACUUGAUGGUUUCGUGUGCUCUUUGUUCCCAUAUAAAAUACAAAAAAUUGUCGUAUACCUAUGACUCCUGUAACUUUGUUUUGCUAGGUGAAUGGAGACAACCUUAGAUAUAGUCCAGCAUGCAGUUACACAUGUAUUGAUACAUAUGCUUUAGCUUUUGUUUUACUGAAUGGACGAAUGGAGUUUUACUAAAACUUGAGAUUAUAGUUGGAUGUGGUACAACCAGUUCUCAGCGUAUGGCUUAUUGUUUUGUUACACAUUGUGGUCCUGCCAUGGCGGGUGUUGCUUGUCUUUAUGGUUGGUAUUCUAUACUCAUAUCCUUCCACAUAGUACAUGUUUUUCCUGCUGAAAACCUGGAAUUAUGGACAUGAAUGGCUUACUAUAAUUUUACUGUCAUGUAUAUAUUUUUGUGGUGGCAUGCUGUCAAAUUUUGUCUAAAAUAUGUUAAAAUGGCGCUGAAAUUGACCCUUGUGUAUAUGUGUCUUUUGCGGACGAGAACCGGAGGAAGAAUUUCGACCCUUCGUUGUAGAUGCCUGAGCAAUGAACAUUGGCAUGCUUUUGGGAAUAUGCAAUUUAAGUUGUCUCAUUUUGUUGUCUGGUUUGUACUGAAUUACAUGAUCUGUAUGCUAUCAAUCAGAUUUGUGAGAUCUA